CAUUUCUAGUUGCCGGGCACGCACGCGCACUUGCUGGCUUGUUUUGACAGCUUGGACGAGUGGGAUGGGAGGGAGCAGGAUGUGUCGCGAGAGUUGUCCUCAUACCGCCUUGUGGGCGAUGUAACUAUGGCGAGCCUGAGGAUCGAGGCCGAGCAGGAGCCGCUUUUAGGCGACCGCACACCCGGAAGCAGAGAAUGGGAUAUUAUAGAAACUGAAGAGCAUUAUAAGAGCCGAUGGAUAUCAAUUAGGAUUCUGUAUCUUACUAUGUUUCUCAGCAGUGUAGGAUUUUCCAUUGUGAUAAUGUCAAUAUGGCCAUAUCUCCAAAAGAUUGAUCAGACAGCUGAUGCAAGUUUUUUGGGCUGGGUUAUUGCUUCAUUUAGUCUUGGCCAAAUGGUAGCUUCACCUAUAUUUGGUUUGUGGUCUAAUUAUAGACCAAGAAAAGAACCUCUUACUGUCUCCAUCUUCAUUUCGGUUGCGGCUAACUGCCUCUAUGCCUAUGUCCACGUUCCAGCUUCUCAUAAUAAAUACUACAUGUUGGUUGCUCGUGGAUUGGUGGGAUUUGGAGCAGGAAAUGUGGCAGUUAUUAGAUCAUAUAUUGCCGGUGCUACUUCCCUUCAGGAAAGAACAAGUUCCAUGGCAAACACUAGUGCAUGUCAAGCAUUGGGUUUUAUUCUAGGUCCAGUUUUUCAGACUUGUUUUGCUCUCAUUGGAGAAAAGGGCGUGACAUGGGAUACCAUUAAACUACAGAUAAACAUGUACACAGCACCAGUUUUACUUGGCGCGUUCCUGGGAGUUUUAAAUAUUAUUCUGAUCCUUAUUCUAUUAAGAGAACAUCGUGUGGAUGACUCAGGACGACAGUGUAAAAAUGUUAAUUUUGAAGAAGCAAGUACAGAUGAAGUUCAGGUUCCACCAGGAAAUAUUGAUCAAGUUGCGGUUGUGGCCACCAAUGUUCUGUUUUUUGUGGUUCUAUUUAUCUUUGCCCUUUUUGAAACAAUCGUUACUCCAUUAACAAUGGAUAUGUAUGCCUGGACUAGAGAACAAGCUGUAUUAUAUGAUGGAGUAAUACUUGCUGCUCUUGGAGUUGAGGCGGUUAUUAUUUUCAUGGGGAUUAAAUUACUUUCCAAGAAGAUUGGCGAACGUGCCAUUCUACUGGGAGGACUCAUUGUUGUAUGGGUCGGCUUCUUUAUCUUGUUACCCUGGGGAAAUCAGUUUCCCAAAAUACAGUGGGAAGAUUUACAUAAUAAUUCAAUUCCUAAUACCACAUUUGGGGAAAUUAUUAUUACUCUUUGGAAAUCUCCAAGAGAAGAUCACAAUGAAGGACCAACUGGUUGCCCAACUGAACAAGCCUGGUGCUUCUACACCCCCAUGAUCCAUCUGGCCCAGUUCCUCACAUCAGCUGUGCUAAUUGGAAUAGGCUAUCCAUCCUGUAAUGUUAUGUCCUAUACAUUAUAUUCAAAAAUUCUGGGACCAAAACCUCAGGGUGUGUACAUGGGCUGGUUAACAGCUUCUGGAAGUGCAGCACGGAUUCUUGGACCUGUGUUCAUCAGCCAACUUUACACUUCCUGGGGCCCACGAUGGGCAUUCAGCCUUGUGUGUGGAAUAGUGGUACUUACCAUCCUGCUCCUGGUUGCAGUAUACAAAAGACUCAUUGCUUUUUCUGUAAGGCAUGGAAGGAUUCAAGAGUAACGUAACUAACUCUGCAAUGGAAAGUACUUUGUAUGGGACUUCCUCUUCCAGGGCUCUGCUAGAUCAUUGCUAUGAGUCAGGUUCCAAAAGUCAGGCUGCAAAUAUUGUAUAUUUUGAAUAACAAGAACAUACAUUGAAUAAUUCAGGGAAUUCAAUGUGUAAUUGCGAAUAAUAAGAUAAUAUUAAAACACUCUGGUUCAUAAUUUCCUUCUUUCAAAAGAUAUUCUAUCAUAACAUCUCUUUUGGGGUGCAUGAACUCAUGAGUGAAUGGACAAUGGUUUAUAAGUGGGAAGUUGUACUUUUAGCUUAGACUGCAGAGGUGUCAUUAAAAUAAUGAGAAAAUAGGCAGUGAAAUCAUAGGGAGAGUUCUGUAUGAAUUACCUAUAACAAAAAAAAAAAAA